UGGAGAAACAUACAGCAGCUACUUGUUUCCAAAGCUUUCUCUCCAAACUUCUGGUAACCGUCAAUUUCGUUGGUGGAUUUCGAUUCCUUUGGUUUAAUUUUGAUCUUAGGGGGAUCGAGAUGAUGAGCCGGAGCGCGACGAGGCAUCUUGCGCGGUCGGUGCUUGCGCAUGCGGGGCCGCGUUACUUUUCGACUGCCAUAGCACGCGGCGGCGCUGCUGCUGGAACUGAUGCAGCAGUGCUUGGGAGCCAAGUGCGCGGUGGCGCUGCAGGAAUUUUAUUUGGAUCGGGAAAUGGUGCGGAAAAGGUAACGGCGAAGUGGAUGAGGCUCGCGAUCCCGAGUUCGCGGAGUGCUAGUACAUUAGCUUUGGGAGAUAAGAAGGAGGAGGAGGAAAAGAAGGUUCACGGUGGAUCUGAUGAUAACGCCGCCGCUAGUAGCGGUGGAGGAAACAAUGGGAAAGCGAUUGCGAGUUACUGGGGAAUUGAAUCUGCGAAGAUUGUGAAAGAGGAUGGCACGGAAUGGAAGUGGAGCUGCUUUAGGCCAUGGGAGACGUACAAGGCUGAUCUGUCUAUAGAUCUGAAGAAACAUCACGCGCCGGAAACGUUCUUGGACAAGGUGGCCUAUUGGACCGUCAAAUCUCUCAGGGUUCCGACUGAUGUAUUCUUUCAGCGACGCUAUGGAUGCCGAGCGAUGAUGCUGGAAACUGUGGCGGCCGUACCGGGAAUGGUAGGCGGUAUGCUGCUUCACUGCAAGUCCCUGCGUCGAUUUGAGCACAGCGGAGGCUGGAUCAAAGCUCUCCUUGAAGAAGCAGAGAACGAGAGGAUGCAUCUGAUGACCUUCAUGGAGGUCUCUCAGCCGAGGUGGUACGAGCGCGCCUUAGUCUUCGCCGUUCAGGGCGUCUUCUUCAACGCCUAUUUCCUGACCUAUCUCAUCUCGCCCAAACUGGCGCACCGUAUUGUGGGCUACUUGGAAGAAGAAGCCAUCCACUCGUACACUGAGUUUCUGAAAGAGCUUGACAAGGGCACCAUUGAAAACGUUCCAGCUCCAGCUAUUGCACUUGAUUACUGGCGCCUCCCCCCAAAUUCGACUCUCCGUGAUGUAGUCAUGGUAGUCAGGGCAGAUGAGGCUCAUCACCGUGAUGUCAAUCACUUCGCAUCCGAUGUUCAUUUCCAGGGGCGCCAACUGAACGAAGCUCCAGCCCCAAUUGGGUAUCACUGAAUCAGCAGAGAGGUCUGAUCAAUAUGCACAUGCCCACAUCUACGAUAAAUCUACAAUAUCUUAUGUAAUUACAGUUUGUAGUUUGAGGGAUCGAAAGUAUUGUGGUGUUUGUUAUCAAAUCAACAAAUAAUCAAGAAUUCAUUGGCUAUUUA